CCGGACAAAUGGGCGUCUCUUUCGUUUCGCUGUUUUGUCUUGUUUCGCAUUACUUGUCGUGGCUGAUAGAUAGAUAUUCGACCAUUGUUAUAAUAUCCCGUGUCUGUACCACUUUCCGCUUUGGUUUGCUCACCACCUUAAUGCCCUCCCGGCCUCCUGUCCAUCCCUACACUUCCAGUUCGACUUCAACUGGGGUGCAUGGCCAUCACAACGCCGCCCCACAUCAACUGUAUAAGCUCUUUGCAAAUUUGACCUUUCAUAUUGUACCGGCCAAGCUUGAAGAUGACCUUGCCCGAAUUUAUGAAUGUAUCGAUGAGUUGGGGGGAAAAUGUGUGGGGCCGGAGGAUGCCUGGGUUAUAGUCACUGCUUUAAAAGGGAGGCAAAGACUGUCGAGGUCUCUGGACCAAAAAUGGAUGGAGACCAAGCAAAUUGUCUACGUCAGCUAUAUCUUCGACACCUACCAGGCAUGCUUGGAACACGCUGUUUCUCCAAAAACGUCGACUCCCAAACUCCCUCUACGAAAAAAUUAUCUACACGUCCUUUCGAAAGAACAGUCUCCUAUUAAGAUUUCCUGUAGACUGGACCCUGGGGACCCAAGUAUCUCACAGCCUUCUACCAAAAGAAGGAAAGUAAACGACGGUUAUGUGACAGCUUAUAGGGACGAUAUGACUCUCUUGAAAGAGGAUGUGCCUCUCGAAGGCAUCCCGGCCUCUUGCGCUCAAAGACCAUGUCCUCUGGUAUGCAUCAAUCAAGAUAUCGUGGACGCUAUCAAGCCAAUCUUUGAAGAGCGAGAGUUUGAAGAGGCACAGCAGAAAAACUCGAAUGUUUUGAGCUACCGCCGAAGUCUAAGUAUGCUCAAAUCUGUGCCGAGACGAAUCACAUCAGGCAAGGAAGCGCUGAGUCUUCAAGGUGUGGGUGAGAAGGUGGCUACCAGAAUCGACGAGUUCUUGCAGACAGGUGAAAUAGCCGAAUCGCAAGAGAUUUUGGCAUCAUCUCGGUUCAAUGCGCUCCAGAAUUUUGCCUCCGUGUAUACUAUCGGUCAUUUUCGGGCCAAAGAACUAUAUGAGCGACAUCACUGCCGGACGCUGGACGACGUUAAACGGCAUUUUGCUGAUAUGGAGAAAGAUGGAGAAGCCAAGCAGGGGAGAGGGAAAGACAAAAGAAGGAUGCGAGGUGGUAUGAAGGAACAUGAGAUAGUAGAGGAGUGGAUGAAGUUGAAAAAUGAGCUAGAUCAGAAAAUUCCAAGGAAAGAGGUUGAGGAAAUUGCUGCGUGCGUGCUGGACAAUCUUGAGGCAUUCAUACCCGGUUGUGAAUAUACCAUCUGUGGAGGUUAUCGACGGGGCAAGGCCCAGUCAAGCGAUGUUGAUAUUGUAUUUCGCCCACCGAAAGAUGAUCAGGACAUAGGGCUCCUACGAGCACUCUACCUUCGUCUUUCAGAGCUUGGUAUCGUCACUCAUGUCCUUCAGGUUACGCAUCGUGAUUCCAACCAGCCAAUUCGUGCCGCUGCACAAAACUUUGACAAUCUAGACAAGGCUUUCGUCAUUUUCAAACUGCCUGGUGAAGGAAGACUGCAUAGAAGAGUGGAUUUGAUCAGUGCCCCGAGAGAUCGGUAUGCUAGUGCUGUAUUGAGCUGGACAGGGAGUAUGAUGUUUGAAAGGGAUCUUAAAAGAUAUGCCGAGAAUGAAAAGGGUCACAAAUUCCGAGCAGGUCUCAUUAAGAUUGCCACAGGGGAAGAGAUUAAUUUGGAAACAGAAAGAGAAAUUUUUGAUUAUCUUGGUCUGAGAUAUAUCCCUCCUGAGCUGAGGAACGCCGACGGAUAACCAAGUUGCUGCGUGGGAAAGAGGUGUGCCUCGACAAUCUUGGUGGUCAUCAUCUACUGCAUCAUCCAUCAUCUUUGCCGCCAUGGACUCAUUCGUCUAUUUCUUGCUGAAUCCUAAAACGUUGUUUACUGUUGCAGCAUGUUCUUUUCCUCGAUUUAUACCAAUGAAUUGGUGAAGCUCAUUUUUGAGUUUCGGAGGAAUAUGGCAAAUCUGGGUACACGACUUCAUUCCCCAAUUUGCUCGUUCGGGCAAAUACCGACGUAUCGCGCUCUUUCUGAAUGUUUGUGUGCCGGCGCAGUCGUUAGUGUUGUGAGGUGUCUAUGCAUGCAUAAAGAAAAGAAAAAAACUAUUACAGAAUCUGAGACAAUAUGUGAAAAUCAGCCACGCAACACGC